AUGAUAGUCCGCGUCGCUCUGAGUGAGAGCGGGACAAUCACCAUGUACGUCGGCGACCCUGAGGCUGUCACCGUCGAGCGCUUCAUACAGCAACUCAUCCCACGCGUUCGCGCACGGGCAUGGUCCCUCGCCGUGGACGAUGCCUCCCUCCUGCACUUGUGGCUGCACGGCGAACGGAUGCGGGAGUCCCGCCACCUUUCCUCGUAUGCCACGGAGAUCAACGCUGGCGCCUCGGCUCGGAUGCUCUCUUUCCGUAUGCCAAUCGAGCUCGAGUCUGCGUCAGAGCUCGAGCCUGUGUCAAGCGUCGCCCAGAAUGAGGCUGCAAGCGGCUACCCUGUCGAGCCGCUCCUGGUGGAGCUUGGCUCCGACACCUCGUGCCUGUGCGCCAUCUGUCAGAUGGUCAUGUGCAACCCGACAUCAGCGUGCUCUGCGGGGCAUGCUGCCUGCGAGAAGUGCCUCUUCGUGUGGUGCGUGCGCAGCAGCAGCCACGACGGCGCGGCUCUUUGCCCGUGCUGCUGCGAGGAGAUCGACCCGAGUGGCUUCACGCCCGCCAACGAGAUCCGCGAGCGGAUCGAUGCGAUGCACUCCCGGUGCGACAGCUUUGGCUGCCACUGGGCGGGCACCAUCUCGGAGCUGAACGCUCACCGUGCUGUCUGCCAGCAGCGGUUGGUUUCCUGUCCGCUCGGGUGCGGCCUGAGCGACACGGCCGGCCGGAUGCGCGACCAUGAAAAGGUGUGCGAGCGGCGGCUGCUGCUGUGCUGCGCGUGUGGCGGGUCAGUCCGCUCGAACCGUGCGGUCGACCACCUCACCGUUUGCCCAAUGGUGCCGAUGCCCUGCCCGCUCGGCUGCGGGAAGACUGUCGCCCGCCAGGAGCUGCUCGCGCACAAAAACGUGUGCCCUCGCGCGCCUGUGAGCUGCGUCUUUGCCCACCAAGGCUGCCCGGCGCGCAUGCUCCGCUCGGAACUGCCCAAGCACUGCGCCGACAACGUGCAGUACCACGCCAGCCUCGUGGCCAAGCGCGAGAAGAGCGUGCUGAGCGCCGCGGCCAAGCGUGAGCGCGAGCUGAUGGACGAGAUUCGCGCCGCGAAGCGCGCGCGCACCGAUCUUGAGAGGCAGCUGGAAGAGGCGCGCAGUGGGUCUCCGACGCCCGCCGUGCACAACGCACUCGAGGAGUCGGCCGCGUUCGAGGACGAUGCUGCUGUCGAGUCGCCCCUUGAGCAGCGGGGACAUGGCGACCCCCGGCUGGCACAGCUUGAGGUGUUGCUCUCGCACGAUGAGUGGGAGCCUGUGGCCGGCCGCGAGGCGCUGUGGGAGGAGGUUCGGGUGCUUCUCAACGCGAAGCCGCACCUGCGCACCUAUCUGUCGCUUCCGUCCUUCGAGCCCACCGCCGCCGGCGCGGCUACCAAGGCGUGCUUGACUCGGUGCGAGAUCGCGGGACACGAGAUGGUGCCGCUCUACCUCGACGAGCGUUUCUCGUGCGCUUGCGCCUGCGAGCACGGGGGCGACCUCUGGACCUGCUCGGCGUGCGGCGCCACUUUCUGCUUCCCGUGUGUGCUGUCAAAGGGCCGAGGCGCGGCGACGCUUGCGGCGCUCGAAAGCGAGCUGUCGCAUGCCGAGUGGGAGCUCGUCGACGAUGACGACUGGCAGUUUGCGCUAUGGGAGCGGCUGGCAGCUCUCCUUCGUGCAGAGCCUUCCCUGCGCACGAUUCUGAGCAUCCCCGAGGCGCACGCGUACCCAGAGGCGUGCCAGUCUGAGUGCAUGCUCGACGUCGCGCGCGGCUCCGGCCCGGUCCCGUUGCUCAAGCACUUUGUCGACCACGUGGACGGCGGAGGCAGCACGCCGCUCCACCAUGCGGCGGCUGCUGGCGACGCACGUCUGUUGGCGGCGCUCCUUGCCGACGCCAGCGCGCGCGGCUCGCGCAACAAGGUGCGCGGCGUCCUGCGCCACACGGACGCCGAGGGCAACACGCCGCUGCACCUGGCUGCGGAGGUGGGAUCGGCGAUUUGCAUGUCGCUGCUCCUCGAGGCGCGAGCUGACCCAAACUUCGCCACCUCCGUCGAGGAUGGCGUGUCGUUUGCUGGUCCGCCCGACCGCCUCCCACCGCUGCGCGUUGUGGCGGACACGGCUUGCGCUAGGCUCCUUCUCGCAGCUGGCGCUUGCGGUGGCAGUGCGCUCUUCGACGCGGCACGCGCCGGCUGCGCGGAUUCGGUGGCCACGCUGCUUGAUGCCGGCGUGAGUGCGCUGAGCCCGGGCCCAAGCGGGUGCACGCCGCUUUGCGCCGCAGCCGGUGCCGGCCACGCGGUGGUGGUGGCAGCCCUCCUCGGCGCUGCUGAGGACGCCGAUGUCCUCGGUGCUGCAUCAGACGAGCUGGUGAAGGCGCUCCAGGUGUCCGUGCGCGGUAACCAUUUCGCGGCUCUCAAGCUGCUGCUCGAUGACGGGCGCGUGAGCCUCGAUCGGAGCAAGAUGUCGGGCGGCGUCCCGGUGCUGCGACAAGCUCGCGAGGCUGGCGCAUGCCAGUGCGCGCUGAUGCUGAUGGAGGCCGGCGCGAUUGACGAGGACGCGCAAGGCUUCAAUCUGCUCAGCGGCGACGAGCUCAUUGAGAUUGUCCGGUGGAUCGGCGCGAACGCCGCCUUCCCCUUCGCGCUCUCUUGCCGCGAGGCGCGCGACGCUGUGCACGCCUUCCUGCCAAAGCAGCGCAAGUCGGGAUCGCCGCUCUUUACGUCGCUUCACGCCAUGUGCGCUAGCGAAUCGCUCUUUGACUGGUCGGUUCAGGCCGGCAUGCCCUGGCCCGAGACGUUGAAGACCGACCGGCUCUGCCAGUACGCUGCCGAGCACGGACGGCUCGAGCUGUUGCAGCGAGCGCGUGCCGCUGGGUGCCCCUGGGAGUCGAUUGUGCCGCUUGACGCUUGGGAGUCGCAGCGCCGCCACGGCAGCCCCUACAAGGACAACAAGGAACGCCGCCUAUCCACGGUUGAGCAGGCGGCUUCGCACGGGCACCUCGAGGUUCUCGAUUGGGCGAUCCAAAACGGGGCGCCGUUUGGGGACUGCCCGGGCCUGACGGCGGCCGGCAAGGGGCAGCUCGAGGCCCUGCAGCGGCUUGUGCGGCACGGCUACUCGCUUGACGCGUCCCUGGCAGAAGCGGCGGCGUGUCACAACCAGAAGGACGUGCUCGAGUGGCUGGCGCACCGCGGGAAGUGGGAUGACGUCGUGUGGGCCCUCGAGGAGAAUUGCCCAACAGACGAGAAGCUGUCCUUCGCGGUGGCGCAAGAAGGCGACCUCGAGAAGUUGCAGACGCUGCAGCGGCACGGGGUACCCUUUGACAGUCGCGUGCCGGCGAUGGUCUUUGAGUCCUUUCGUCUUGACGAGGUGAUUCCCACGCUCCGCUGGCUGCGCGAGAAGGGCUGCCCGUGGGAUGGGUUCACGAUGCUGAUGGCGGUGUCGUCCUUCAAGCUCCUCGGGUGCUCGCCGUCGAAGUGCCUCGAGCUGGUCAAGUUCCUCGAGUCCUCCGACCCGGGCUUCUGGCACGGCUUCUAUCUCGAUGAGGACGUCAAGCCCAAGCUUCGAGACGACAGCUGCUUCGAGAUCAUGGGCUGGGAGUUUUGGGAAACCUCGAAUGUCAUCGACUGGGCUAUCGAGCAUAGCACCGUGGCUGUUGUCGAGUUCCUCGUGUCGAAGGGUGGCGAUCGCUUUAGCGACGAGCGAGAAGUGGCUGCAGCGGCGCGCGCCGGAAAUCGCUCGAUGCUCGGAUGGCUACUUCGGCAAGGUGGCCGCGUGACACGGCUCGCGCUGACAGCGGUUGCUGGGUACUUCUGCGGCGACGACGACGAGGACGAGGACGAGGACGAGGACGAGGACGAGGACGAGGACGAGGACGAGGACGAGGACGAGGAGGACGACAUCACUGUUGACGAGAAUGCCCGCGCGCCUGCCGUUGGCGACACCGUCGUGCUAGACGGACUGGUCAACAAGCCGGAGUUCAAUGGCUCCGUCGGCAAGGUGCUCUCCACCACCGAGGCUGACGGAUGCUACCUCGUGGCCGUCCUCGGCUCGCGAGUGCUUGCCUCGCCGACGAACCUCUCCCGGCCGGUGCGCUUCAUCGGGCAGAUCGCGACGCUUAAGCUCUUGCUGCGCCAGCCGAGCUCGCCACCGCUCGACGCGGAGAUACUCUCGAUUGCUGUCUGUGAGGCCGGGAGAAAGCGGAACGUCGGCCUGGUGAAGUGGCUGCUUCAGGAGGGCGCCUGCCCGUCCGACGAGCGCGCGUGCGCCGAAGCGGCUCUCGCCUGGACCCCCGCUGGAGGUGGCAAGUUCCAGAUCGAGCUGCUCAAGUACCUGCGUAGCCGCGAUGUGCCGUGGGGCGAAUCGGCUUGCGUGUCUGCCGCGAGCUUUGCACACGGCCUGCCGGUGCUCAAGUGGCUCGUCGCCAACGGCUGCCCGUGUGGGCCGAUGACAUGCGCGUCCGCUGCGAGGUCGGGACACCUGAGUACUCUGCAAUGGCUACAUGACGAGCAUGGCGUAGCUAUGGACGAGGCCACGUGCUCCGCGGCCGCGCAAGGCGGGCACCAGCGCUGCCUUCAGUGGGCAGUCGUCGCAGGCUGCCCGAUUGACGUGACCGAGUGCAAGCGAGUCGUGAGUGAAACGAUUUACAGGGCCCGGAACGAAGACGACUCGCACGACUUGGGCCUCGAGCGGCGCGCAUCGAUGGUGAGGUGGUGGCUAAACGAUCUGAAGGGCGAUGGCGACGGAGGCUGCCGCUUCACCUUCAGAUGCGGGUGCGAGAGCUGCGCGGCGCGCGAGUUGGCUGCUGCUCGCGCCAUGCCCCAGCGGGCUGCAAUCCGCCGUGCCAUCGUGCGCGUGCUCUCGCAGCAGCAGCCGCUGGCCCGGAGUGACCUGGUGAACCGCGUGCGCGACGGCUUCCGCGACGUCCUCGUCACUCUGCGGGUGGUGCGGCGGCCGAUCGGAUGGACGCCUUGGGACGGAAUUGAUGGAGAACGGGAGGCGGAGGUGUACUCGGACGGCGAGGAGGACUCGGCUGGCGGCGCUGGCGGCGUGGGGCGCGGGCGGGCGGGCGGGCUUGCGGCCGGCGAGGAGGAGGGCGAGGAGGAGGGCGAGGAGGAGGGCGAGGAGGAUGGCGAGGAGGAGGGCGAGGAGGAGAGCGAGGAGGAGGGCGAGGAGGCCGAGGAGGCCGAGGAGGAGGAGGAGGGCGAGGAGGACGAGGAGGACGAGGAGGAGGAGGAGGCCGAGGAGGAGGCCGAGGAAGCGGGCGAGGAGGAGGCCGAGGAGGAGGGCGAGGAAGCGGGCGAGGAAGCGGGCGAGGAGGAGGGCGAGGAAGAGGGCGAGGAGGCUGGCGAGGAUGUCGAGCGCAAGGCUGACGUCCAAGUCGCCUUGUCGCUCCCGGCGUGCCCCGUGCCGAGCGUCGCCGCCGUCGACGAGGCGCUCGGCUACCUCAUCGGGCGGCGGAUUUGCUCUGAGUACGUGCCCAACUUCGGCGACAGCUGGACCGCACAGAGGGAGCGCAAGGUCAAGUACAACGAGGUCGCGUCAGGGCCGUCGUGGGACGAUCUGAUCGAGGCCUGA